ACUUAACUAACUAUAUACCUUCUCUUCUUAAGCCUACCCAACGAAACUGUCGGCAGAGACCUCUCCAAUAAUCAUUUUUCAACUGUUUCUCUUGGGCUUAGUGCCUCCCUCUCGUAAACUCACACUCUGAGCUAGCUCAGGCUAUGGUGGCGCUGCCGAGCCGCAGUCCUAGACUUACAAUGCCGCUCCGCCGUGUCUCUGACCUGGCUUCCGGCUUCUGCCUUCUGUUCGUGUUGUUGUUCAACUACUGUCUGGUUGGGAAUGGGUCUCCUGCUCAGCCUGGCCACACUCUGUUGGACCUACAUUGGUACCCGGCAACCGCCACCUGGUACGGAAGCCCCGAAGGCGACGGCAGCGACGGUGGGGCUUGUGGAUACGGUUCUCUAGUGGACGUGAGGCCUUUAAGGGCAAGGGUUGGUGCAGUGAGCCCAGUACUGUUCAAGAACGGUGAAGGAUGUGGGGCGUGCUUUAAAGUGAGGUGCAUGGACAGGAGCAUCUGCUCCAGACGGGCCGUCACCAUAAUGGUCAUGGACGAGUGCCCAGGAUGCGCCAGUUUUAGCCGCACCCACUUUGACCUGAGUGGCGCCGCCUUUGGGCGUAUGGCCAUCUCCGGCGAGAAUGGUCAGCUCAGGAACCGAGGUGUACUCUCAGUCGUCUACAGACGGACACCAUGCAAAUAUCCUGGAAAACACAUUGCCUUCCGUGUGAAUGAAGGUUCAACAGAUUACUGGCUAGCACUUCUAGUGGAAUUUGAGGAUGGAGAUGGAGACGUCGGCUCCAUGCAUAUAAGAGAAGCAGGUUCUACGGAAUGGCUAGCGAUGAACCAUCUGUCGGGGGCAACCUGGUGCUUAGUUAGGGGACCCUUAAAAGGGCCAUUUUCUGUAAAGCUAACAACACUGACAACAGGAAAAACUCUCUCUGCCAGAGAUGUUAUCCCAAGCAAUUGGUCACCCAAAGCCACUUACACCUCUCGCCUCAACUUCUUCCCCUAAAAUAAAUAGCUCUUAAUUUUAUGACCACUUGUUAUGUCAAAAUGGCUCGUCCUAGUUACCCCAUGAGAAAAAAGUGACCGUUGCCGGUUUGGUCUUGUGUGUUUUUCUAAGAAGAAAGGUAGCCGUUGGAGUGCAUAAAAGGGCAUCCAAUGCUCUCUUUCUUUUUGUCCCUUCUUUUGUAGCCCUUUCCAAAGGAGAGAGAGCGUCCGAUUAUGUGUUGUUGGUGUGUAAGAGUGUGGGUCCUGUAGUUUGUAAUGAAUUUGGACCAUUGAAAAAUGUAUCUGUUUUGUGUUGUCAA